GGGCCUCUAGAGGUUUCUCAAGUACAUUUUAUAGUGUCUAACAAAUAAAUCUGCUUGCUUUUUAUUGAUCAAAAUUAAUUCAUAAAAGUUGAGAGCAGAGAUUGUUGUCGUACGCUAGAUGUUUUCACUUCGCGAUUUUGAUAUAUCACACGCUUGGAUACUAAAUACUGCAAUUCUCUUUAAUUUAGCAGACUGAGGAAUACGACCUUGGAAAGAAGCACCUUGCCUUAUUCACUUCCAAAAAGUGUUGUAUGAAUUGUGUGAGACCUGAGGUAGAGUCAACAAGUUCUAAUUAUGAGUUGAAAAAAUUUAUGCAUAUAUAUCAACGUGAGGUGGAUGAACUAAAAGAAAUUUAGAAUGCGGCGAUGAAUGAUCAAGAAAGGAUUGCCGAAUUCGAAACUGAGAACAACCACCUGAGAAGCAUUAUUCAAGCAUUUUUGAGGGUACAUCAGGGGAGCCUGAAUUUUGAUUUGCUGAGAAACAAAGAAAAGGUGUCACUCGUUUCUGUUCUUGAUGAAAAGGUUUUGGAACUCCAUAAUCCAAAAGGCUAACACACAUUUAAAAAAGGCAUUUGAGAUGUCUGAACAAACUUUGACGUCCAUGCAAAAAUAUUUUUGCAACAAAAAAGUUGAAAACUUCUCAUAGAGGAAAAAAAAACAAGACUCACACCAUUCCGAGAGAGUAAUACCUUCCGAAGAAUACAAAUCAUGGGGAGCUUCAUGAUCAAGCUUCUUUUUACUACCCUCGUGGCGAGCUUAAGGCAGAGUAUCCCCUGAAUCAGAGCAUAUUUCGAGAGGUCGCCAACUGCGUGUGCCAAUUUACUAUUGUCUGCCUGAUGUGCUACGUUGUUCGAAAGAUAUCUUCCACUUAGUUUUUUUCCCCAGGCACUGGAUUUGUUGGACCGGAGGUUAUGGCGUCGUGCGUUCUUUGAAAGAGGUGUCGUCUACUUUGCAAACUUUCCGCAAGGAACUCAUAGAACUGUGAAAUUUCUAGAAAUCAACGGGGACAAAGCAGCGUCGGUGGGAUUUUAGUGCAUUAAUUGAGACUAACGAUUUCCAAAACCGCUAUCAUAACUCGUUUCAUGCCGCAGAUGUGGCUCAGUGUGUGUGUGUGCUCUGUUUAGGGAUGGUUUCUCCUGAGCUUUUUAUGAGUAGAGCUCUUAUUGAGAAGCUUGCCUUGUUAAUUACAACGGCAACGCAUAGCAUUUGUCAUUCAACACGGAGUACCGAUUUUCCAUGGAAGAAAUUCAACGAACCUUGUUUUAGCCACAACGAUAUUAGAAUUUUGGAACAGAUGCACAUUUUUACCGCCUUUGACUUUUUAGCUGUUUCGUCGGUAGACUCCACAGAAAACUGCAUGUGUGAUGUAGAGGCGCCUAACUUCAUAAUGGUUAUUAUGUUUUUUUCAUCCUUCGAAACCAAGAAUUCCAUGUGGCAUUAAUCAAAGCGAGCACAUUAUUUUUUACAUGUGUGUGACAUACGAAAUUAAUAUUUAUUACUAAGGGAUCAAAUU